AUGGCUCAGGCGCCCGGCGCCUUCUCCCGUACUGGCCCCUACCGCGCCGCGUUUGUGCUGGGCGCUGUCGCGGCCCUCAGGGCGGCCCUGAGGGACCGGGGGUCUGAGCUGGUAGUCAGGGUGGGGCGGCCCGAGGAGGUGCUUCCGCAGCUGGCGGCCAGGGUGGGGGCGGGCCGCGUGUACUGCCACGCCGAGGCGGGGCCUGAGGAGCGUGCAGUGGAGGCCGCGGUGGCGCGCGGCCUCGAUGAGCAGGGGGCGGCGCUGCAGGUGCUGUGGGGCGGCACGCUCUUCCACCCGGACGACCUGCCAUUCAAACCAGCCGCCGCCCCCGAGUGCGCCAUCGCCCCAGGGGACCUGCCGACCCUGGCGCAGCUUGGCCUGCGCCGCGCCGCCCUCCAGCGCGCCCGCGCGGACACGGCCGCGGCGGGCGCGCGCCUGCGGGGCGGCGGCGAGCGCGACGCGCUGGCGCACGUGCAGGCCUUCGCACGCGAGGUCCAGCAAGGCGGCGCGGCCGCGCGCCCCUCCCCUGCGUUUGCGGGCAGGGUGGCCCCCUGGCUGGACGUGGGCUGCCUGUCGCCGCGCAGCCUCUACCACGCGCUGCAGGGCCAGCUGGCGCCGCACGGCGACGGCGCGCAGCGAGGCGGCUUGUCGUGGCUGCUUUUUGAGCUGAUGUGGCGCGACUUCCACCGCUUCCUGCGCUUCAAGGCGGCGGUGACGCAGGGCCAGUUGGCCGCGAGGCAGGCUCCAGUGGACGCCACACCGGGCUCACUCCCCCUCAUGGCAAUGGCGUGA